AACUCCUCCCCUUACGGAAAAGGUCCCUUAGGAACACUUCCGGCCACCUCAUCGCUUAUGUCAGUGGUAGUGUGGUAGAAGUUGCUUCUCCUCUCCGAAACAUGGUGCUGCUGACGAUGAUCGCCCGGGUGGCGGACGGGCUGCCUCUGGCGGCCUCCAUGCAAGAAGAUGAGCAAUCUGGACGGGAUUUGCAGCAAUAUCAGAACCAAGCAAAGCAGCUCUUCCGCAAGCUUAACGAACAGUCACCCACUCGGUGCACACUGGAGGCUGGCGUCAUGGCAUUCCACUACCUAAUUGAGAAGGGUGUUUGCUAUCUGGUUCUUUGUGAGAUGUCAUAUCCAAAGAAGCUAGCAUUUGCCUAUCUAGAAGAUCUAUAUAAUGAAUUUGAUGAGCAACAUGGGAAGAAAGUACCCACCGUAUCUAGACCUUACUCCUUUAUAGAGUUUGAUAAUUACAUUCAGAAAACAAAGAAAACUUAUAUUGAUAGUCGAGCCAGAAGAAAUUUGGGUUCCAUCAACACAGAGCUCCAAGAUGUUCAGCGGAUCAUGGUGGCUAACAUUGAAGAAGUACUGCUUCGUGGCGAAGCUCUGUCCGCACUGGAUACAAAGGCCAGCAACCUGUCAACCUUGUCAAAAAAAUACCGCCAAGAUGCCAAAUACCUGAACAUGCGCUCCACCUACGCUAAACUGGCCGCAGUUGCUGUGUUUUCAGUUAUGCUGAUUGUGUAUGUUCGAUUUUGGUGGUUGUGAAGCAUAAAUUUAACAGAACUGUAGAGGUUAACUACUGGUUUAUUAGCCAACUUCUUGGAUGGGUUAAUUGUUUGCCAUCAUCUGUGUCUCUUGACUGCUAGAGAUCAGCUGCAAAGAGGCUUAUGGUGGUCCUUAAUCACACUCUUCCGGAUCACCAAAAACAUAUGGGACUACAUUAUAUAACAGAACAAACUAUAACGCACAGUUUCUGAAAAGAAGAAGCAACAUCUGGAAAUGGAGAAUACAGUGUUCAGUGUACUGACCAUGUUAUACCUGCAUAAGAUUUGGAGCCCUUUCUGUUCCAAUGCAAAUUAUAUCACCUGAUCUUUACUUUCUCCAAGAAUACAUUUUUCAUGCUUGUUUCACAUUUAUUACUUCUUUUCUCCUAAAGUGGUGUGCAACCACUAGAAGUAGAUACCAAUUUUUAUUGUCACAAGAGGAGUCAAUAUCUGCUUUCUUUGAACAAGUCUGAUAAAUGAAUGGUAGUUCUUGUAAGUAGCAACACUGCUAAAACCCUAGUUGGUUUCAUUUUACGUUUUUAUGACCGUUCUCCUUAUGCCUGUACAUCUAAAUAUUUGGAAUAUUAUUUAUUAUGUUUCUAAUGCCUAAUCCGGUGGAGUGAUUUAUACAUUGUGCAGUAGCAACUUUAGAUCUUAGUCCAACUUCCACUUUAAUUAGACUACAACAAGAGUUAAAAGAUAAAUAAAUAAAAACGAAAACCAACAACUGUU